UCUGUUUACAAGCCAAACCCACCAAGGGGUGAAAGUUCACUUUUUUUUUUCUUUUUUCUGAGACGCUUCUCCAAUUGGUCGAUUUGUUGAGCUGACUUCCUAUUUCCUGUUCGCUGCUCAAUAGCAGCUCACUCUGCUAGGCUUUUGUUUAGCUCCAUUGUUUUUAGGCUAACAGGUUUGGCCAGGCUUACACGCUCUUUGACAACAGACGUCUGUUCCUCGACAGGAUAUUGUGAAGCAUGAUCUCAUGCUGAGGCAUCACCGACAUCUCUGCUGCAACAGUUUAAUGAGCUCUCAGCCUGAGUUACUGCUUCAGAGGUGACAAGAGGUCAACUUCUUUUCUUCUUUGUGCCCUGCAGGUUUGAUUAUUCAUCUGUCGUUACAUUGAUGCUUCAGAUAAACUUAAAACUUUUGUGUGUUUUUUGAUUUGCUUGGUCUUCCUUUUACGUCACAUGUAACCCAUUCAGAGACAUAACUGAACAGAAGGGAAGCAAGGGAGCCAUGCAGCGACUGUAGAUAGAGAAAGUAAAAGCAGAAUAAGACACAUGCAAGAGUCUUGAGUGGGAUGGAAAAUAGGGUAUCUGUGGUGUAAGGGGGAAAUAAGAUAUAGAAGAAGGAGGAGUCAAAUGAGCGCAUGGUUCUUGCACUGAUAUAAAGACAAGAAUGUUAAGAAGAAGAUACAUGCAGUGACUCUGCUUCGAUGCUUCAUUUCACUUCAGAGAUGCACAGUGCUUCAGCUACAGUGUUAUCUGCUAAAAUGGUUUGGUUAUCUUCCUCAUACUUUAAAAUAACAUACCUGUGACUUUGUUUUUCUCUGAUUGUAAGUUUAUGUUGUUUUCUGAUUCUACGGGGGGCCAAUAAGCAAACCUGCACCUUCCCUCAGCCCCCGUCCUGCACUUCCAGAGAGAUGGCUCAUCCUUCCCGAUCCUUCCCAGCCGGUUCCUCUCAGCGUGGUCGGGUCACCUCGUGUUCGCUGGCUACCAAGAGCUCCGCCGGUAUUCCCUCUCAGAACCGUGGAGGCGACAGCGAUAUGCUGGAGAGGCUUCUGAAUAAGCCCAAGCUGGUGAUAGUGGAGGAGCCCAAAGAGAGAGGCAUGAGGUUUCGCUAUGAAUGUGAAGGGCGUUCAGCCGGCAGCAUCCUAGGGGCAUCCAGCACUGAAACCAACAAGAGUCAGCCUGCCAUAGAGAUUCAAGGUCCCAUCGACCACUUAAAGAGGGUUACUGUAACUGUUUCCUUGGUGACCAAAGACCCCCCACACCGGCCUCACCCCCACUGCCUUGUGGGUAAAGACUGCCCGAAUGGAUCAGGGAUCUGCGUGGUCACGCUCAAUCCUCACAGCAACCGACGUCACAGCUUUAGCAACCUUGGGAUCCAGUGUGUGAGGAGGAAAGAGCUGGACGUUUCUCUUCAGAAGAGAAGAAGCCAAAAUAUUGACCCCUUUCAAACUGGACACACAAAGGGCAUUGAAGACAUGGACAUGAACGUGGUGCGUCUGUGUUUUCAGUGUGAGUUUGAGUGGGACGACGGGGGGAAAGACUGUCUCAGCCCAGUGCUGUCCAACCCCAUCUAUGACAAGAAGGCCACAACCACCUCUCAGCUGAAGAUGGGCCGUUUUAACCAGUACAGAGGUUCCUGCAUCGGCAAGACGGAAAUCUACAUGUUGUGUGACAAAGUGCAGAAAGAUGACAUAGAGAUCAUCUUCAGGCGAGGGUCGUGGAAGGCGUGCGGGGAGUUUGCGCAGACAGAUGUGCACCGGCAGAUCGCCAUCGUGUUCAAGACUCCGCCGUACCAGGAGCAGGACAUCACAGAGGAGGUGGAAGUCAGCGUGGUCCUGCGGCGGCUCUCGGACCAGAUGGAGAGCGAGUCUGUCACCUUCACGUACCUGCCACACAACCCGGAUCCAUAUGAGGUGAAACGGAAGAGAAAGAUAAAGUCAGACAUCAGCUUCAGAGAGAAAUCGUGUGGGACAGCUGAAGGUGCACCUGCAGCGGAGCAGCCCUUUCAUUUCCCGCAGCCUCAAAACAUGAUGCCUCAAGAUGACAGGCUCUGUGCUGCCCAGUCCGGAACCUUCGCUUUAGAUGAGAUGCAGUACAGUGAGCCCCAGGACUCCAACACCGACACCGACGCAACGACAAUCAUCAAUCACCUGCUAGAAUUACCUGAACUGCAGGACAUGUUUGCCGACCCGACCUUCACCAUGUGCCUGCCUGGAUUUGAGCCAGGGCUCAAUGCAAACGCCACGUUUGCAAACAUGGAUAUGAACUCAAACCAGAACUUUGGCACAUACACUCAGGACUUUUCCCAGUACAGCGACCUGCAGUUCAGCAUGCUCGUCAAUGAGAACCAGGCGCCACAGUCAGAGGCACAGGACAGCCCCUCCAACAUGGUUCAGGUGAAGACAGAAGAAGAGCUAUGAGGACGGGACAGUCACGCGUCAUGAAGCGUCCUCACACACUUUCUGUCCACUUUAAAAGAAAGAUUUUUGGUGAUUGGUCUUAAUUGCGUUCUUGCUUAGAAUUAUAAGAUCCAUAAUCUAUCCCUGCAGGAAAGUAAAUAAGUGUAUUUCCCAAAAUGUUCUCCUUUAAUUCCUCUGGAUUUACAGCCAGAUUAUGUUUUCCCAUAAAGACUGCUGCUCCAGCUCCCCGAACUGUGAAGCUAUCUCCCUUCUCACUAAUGUCUUUGUUUGAAGACCUUGCUGGUCAAGGCUUUAGGAAACAUUCCUACAUAUGUGGCGCCAGCAUUAAUGGUCAGAAGAUGCUGAUUCCCAUAGUCACUGUGGAUCUUAAAAAGAGAACUCGUGAACAUCUAUAUUUACCUCUGGAAACCACAGAAACCCUCCCAUAAUAUGCCUUCCAUUGUAACAAAUGAUUAGUGAGGUAACGUUUAAAUAUUGUCAUUUAAUCUUAGUCUAAGAUCUAUUAUGUUUGCUUUAACAUGAUAUUGGGAGAAGAACCUGACUUCCUACAAGAAGUUGAUGUACAGUUUUGGUUUUAAAAAAACAAAAAGUCUCAGUAGUUUCAGAUCUGCGCUUCACAUUGUUCUUGUCUGCCUUUACUCUGAUGUAACUCUCACACUAGCUGGCUUGUUUAAUAUUUAAUCGACCUAAAUGCAAUAGAAACCAGUCCUCCUCGGCUCCUCCUAUUUAUAACUCUGUCAGUGUCACUUCCCAUUGUUCUGUAGUUUCACUCUCGUGCUAAACAGUCAGAUUUCUUGUCUCAUGUCCAACUUUAACCCCCUCGCUGGGGCAUGGUUGGGUCAAUAAUUCAGCAAAUAAACUGUCCGUCUGA